CGGGCGCUGACCUCCUGGGUGGGCAUCGCGCGCAUCUUCGCCAUCGUGCUCUCCUGCAUCGCGUUCAGCUUGGUGGCCUCCACCAGGAUCUACGGGGGAACCUACGGGACGUGGUGCAUGUUCACCUGGUGCUUCUGCUUCGCCGUCACCGUGCUCAUCGUGCUGCUGGAGCUGCUGGAGCUGUACCCCAAGCUGCCCCUCUCCUGGGAUGACUUCACCUCAGCCUUCUCCAUGCUGGCCGCGCUGAUGAUCUUCACCACCUCCGUGGUGUUCCCCUCCACCUUCAUCUCCAGUCCCUGUAACUCUGAUACGUGCGCCCGGCAGGCCGCCGCCACGGCCAUAUCCUGCCUCUGCUUCCUCGCCUAUGCUCUGGAGGUGGGGCUAACGCGAGCCAAGCCGGGUGACAUCAGCAGCUUCCUCUCCACUGUGCCGGGGCUCCUCAAGGUUUUCGAAGCCUACGUGGCCUGUCUGAUCUUCUCUUUGCUGGACGAUGUCGGCUCCGAACCUGCCCUGCAGUGGUGUGUGGCAGUCUAUGCCAUCUGCUUCAUCAUCACCCUCCUCAUCAUCAUCAUGACCAUCGGCCGGUGCCUCGCUUACAUGCCUUGCCCCCUGGAGAAGAUGCUCGUCGGCUACAACGCCCUGGCGCUGGUGAUGUACCUCACGGUCACCGUCAUCUGGCCCCUGUACAGCUUCAGGAACACGAGGCGCCCCAACCCCUGCGGUGCGAACUGCUGGUGGAACAGGCGCCUGGGGGUGACCUUCCUCACCAUAUUCAACCUCCUUGCCUACCUUGUAGACCUGGUGUACUCCACCAAGAUGGUCUUCAUCUCGGUGCCUACCUAA